UCUAGCCUUACAGCGCGUAAGCGUUGAUGGAACAUAGCUAUGUGCGUGUGUUGUGCCGGGUGAAAUGUGUAUAAUUGAAUAAAUAUAAUAAUGUCAUUAUGUUAAUCUCCUAAUAUAUUUGUUUAAUGAUAAUAAUAAAUAUAGUAAACAAAUGUGUUUGCCACGUUUGCCAUGUGUAUUUAUAUAAAAUAUGUCAUAAUUUUGAAUUAGGUUAUGUUACCUUUCAUUCAUGAAAUAUAUUUGAUAAGACUUUUUAAAAAUCUAAACGACGAAGAAAUAACUUUAUAAAAAGUGUAAAUUACAUCUUAUAAGAAAAUUAUUAAAUUACAAAAUAUUCUUUUAAAAUUUGUAUAAAUUUAUAUUAAUAUUAAAAUGGAUGCUGAUUUAUAUGAUGAAUUUGGAAAUUAUAUCGGACCUGAUUUGGCAUCGGAAAGCGAGGAUGAAAACGAAUACGGUAAUGUUGGCGAUGAUACCGAUGACAGAGAACGAUCUGAUGAAGAAAUGGAAGAAGAUAAAGAUGAGUCACGAGAGCAAGUGGAACAAGGAUCUUCUAUGGCAGUUGUAUUACAUGAAGAUAAGAGAUAUUAUCCCAGUGCAUUAGAAGUGUAUGGGCCUGAGGUGGAAACACUUGUGCAAGAAGAAGAUGCCCAACCAUUAGAUAAACCAUUAAUAGCACCUACUAGAAAAGCAAAGUUUCAAAUAAAACAACAACAACUUCCUGAAACCACAUAUAGUAUUGAAUUUUUAGCAGAUAUGAUGGAUGCACCACAUCUUAUUAGAAAUGUGGUUUUGCUUGGACAUCUUCAUCAUGGGAAAACUACUUUGGUUGAUUGUUUAGUACAACAAACACAUCCUUAUUUACAUAGUAUAACAGAUGAAAAACCAUUGAGAUAUACAGAUACGUUAUUUACCGAACAACAAAGAGGCGUUUCCACAAAAGCUACUCCUGUUACUCUUUUGUUACAAGAUGUUAAAUCUAAAUCAUAUCUUUUGAAUAUAUUUGAUACACCGGGCCAUGUGAAUUUCUCUGAUGAAGCAACAGCUGCGAUCCGAUUGUCUGAUGGUGCAGUACUGAUCGUUGAUGCGGCGGAGGGUGUGAUGCUAAAUACCGAACGUCUGCUGAAGCACACAAUUCAGGAAAAGCUUGCUCUUACUGUUUGCAUAAACAAAAUAGAUCGUUUGGUAUUAGAGUUAAAACUACCUCCCUUAGACGCUUAUUACAAAUUGCGGCAUAUUAUCGAAGAGAUUAAUGGACUAAUAUCAUUGUACUCUUCGGAUACUGAAAAUCCUGGCUUUGUUUCACCUGCCAUUGGAAAUGUCUGUUUCGCUAGUUCCGAAUACAGUGUAUGUUUCACUUUGAAAUCGUUUGCCGCGCUUUACGCCAGAAACUAUCCCGGACUUAAUGCCAACGAGUUUGCUAAACGACUCUGGGGCGAUAUUUAUUUUAACUCUAAAACGCGGAAGUUUACUAAGAAACCACCCCAUAAUACCGCGCAACGAAGUUUUAUCGAGUUUAUCCUGGAGCCCCUGUAUAAGAUAUUUGCACAAGUCGUCGGUGAUGUAGACACAACGUUACCAGAUGUUCUGGAUGAACUCGGUAUACGAUUAACAUCUGAGGAAAUGAAGAUGAAUAUACGACCGUUGUUAAGACUUGUGUGUACACGAUUCUUAGGAGAUAUGUGUGGCUUAGUGGACAUGUGUGUUACUCAUGUGCCUAGCCCGCAAGUGCACGCUCCCAUUAAGGUACAGCAUGUCUAUACCGGCCCGAUAGAUUCGCCACUUGCACAAGACAUGGUUAAUUGUGAUCCCGAUGGAAGACUAAUGAUCCAUAGUACAAAAAUGUAUCCAACUGAGGAUUGCACUCUAUUUGUAGUUCUUGGCAGAGUAAUGUCCGGUACAUUGGAAGCAGGACAACGUGUUCGCGUAUUAGGUGAAGCGUAUUCACGUACAGACGAGGAGGAUUCGCGCGUUCUCACGGUUGGUAGAUUGUGGAUUAGUGAGGCACGUUACUCGAUUGAGUUGAGUCGCGUACCCGCAGGCAAUUGGGUUCUCAUAGAAGGUAUUGAUCGACCAAUCGUAAAGACUAGCACCAUCACAGACCUCAACAAUUCGGAAGAAUUGCAUAUAUUUCGGCCACUCAAAUUUAACACGCAGAGUGUUAUCAAAAUUGCCGUCGAACCAGUCAAUCCAUCUGAAUUGCCGAAGAUGUUAGAUGGUUUGCGAAAAGUAAACAAGAGCUAUCCGCUGUUGGGUACACGAGUGGAGGAAAGCGGCGAGCAUGUUGUAUUAGGUACCGGCGAACUUUACCUCGAUUGCGCGAUGCAUGAUCUGCGUCGUAUGUAUUCUGAAAUCGAUAUAAAGGUGGCCGAUCCAGUGGUUGCCUUCGCGGAAACCGUCGUAGAGACCAGUUCCCUUAAAUGCUUUGCCGAAACACCGAAUAAACGAAACAAAUUGACCAUGAUAGCGGAACCGCUUGAGAGGGGUCUCGCUGAAGACAUAGAAGCUGAACAAGUUCGUAUUACAUGGAACAAAAAAAGACUCGGAGAAUUUUUCCAAACAAAAUACGAUUGGGAUUUAUUAGCAGCACGAAGCAUAUGGGCAUUUGGUCCAGACUCUACGGGUCCUAACAUUUUAGUGGACGACACUCUGCCUUCCGAAGUAGAUAAAACAUUGUUGAACAGCGCUCGCGAUGCUAUCAUCCAAGGCUUUCAAUGGGGAACACGUGAAGGUCCAUUGUGCGAGGAGCCAAUUCGAAAUGUCAAGUUUAAAAUUCUUGAUGCAGUUAUCGCACAGGAGCCCCUACAUAGAGGAGGUGGUCAAAUUAUUCCUACCGCUCGACGUGUUGCGUAUUCUGCUUUCCUCAUGGCAACUCCACGACUGAUGGAACCGUACUUGUUCGUUGAGGUACAAGCGCCCGCGGAUUGCGUAUCAGCCGUUUAUACCGUUCUAGCGAAACGGCGAGGUCACGUGACGCAGGAUGCCCCGGUUCCGGGCAGUCCGUUGUACACGAUUAAGGCUUUUAUACCAGCGAUUGACAGUUUCGGCUUCGAGACUGAUCUACGAACACACACUCAAGGUCAAGCAUUUUGCCUAUCCGUUUUUCAUCAUUGGCAGAUUGUACCUGGAGAUCCUCUAGAUAAGAGUAUUACCAUCAGACCGUUGGAACCGCAGCCAGCUACCCAUCUAGCCAGAGAAUUUAUGCUGAAAACGCGAAGACGCAAGGGAUUGUCCGAGGACGUGUCCAUUAACAAGUUCUUUGAUGAUCCUAUGUUACUCGAGUUGGCCCGGCAGGAUGUGUUGCUGAAUUAUCCUCUUUAAUUUAAUAAAUGUAUAUUGCAUACAAAAAAACAUGUAAAAGCAUGUGCUACAUUAUCAUGCAUUAAAGUUUCUUAUAAAAAAAGAACAUGUUCCACACU